AUGGGUGUCCCCAAGUUCUUUCGAUGGCUGAGUGAGCGGUAUCCCGCCAUCUCCAUGCUCAUCAAGGAGAGUCGCAUCCCAGAAUUUGAUAGCCUUUAUUUGGAUAUGAACGGUAUCAUCCACAACUGUACACACAGUGAUAGCGAUUCCCCAACAUUCCGCAUGUCUGAGGAGCAGAUGUUUAUUGCCAUUUUCAACUAUAUCGAGCACUUGUUUGGAAAGAUCAAGCCGCAGAAGCUGUUUUUCAUGGCUGUAGAUGGUGUCGCCCCACGAGCCAAGAUGAAUCAGCAACGUGCACGUCGUUUCCGAACUGCGCUUGACGCUGAGAAUGCGAAGGAGAAGGCAAUCGCGCAAGGAAUGGAAAUGCCAAAGGAAGACGCCUUUGACAGCAACUGCAUCACACCUGGUACCGAGUUUAUGGCCAAGUUGACCCAGCAACUGAAGUACUUCAUCAACAAGAAAAUUUCAGAGGAUUCGGAUUGGCAAGGCGUGGAGAUUGUGCUUUCAGGACACGAGGUCCCCGGAGAGGGUGAGCAUAAGAUUAUGGAGUACAUUCGGCGCUCGAAAGCGCAGCCCGACUACCAUCCAAACAUGCGACACUGUCUGUACGGAUUGGAUGCCGAUUUGAUCAUGCUGGGUCUUCUCAGUCAUGAUCCUCAUUUCUGUCUUCUGCGAGAAGAGGUAACCUUUGGUCGCCAAACACAGAAGAAACCCAAAGAGCUCGAACACCAGAAUUUCUAUCUCUUGCAUCUGAGCAUGGUUCGAGAAUAUCUCGAGUUAGAGUUCCAAGAGCUAGAGGAAGAAGGUGCUCUAAACUUUCCAUUCAAUAUGGAGCGCGUAAUCGAUGAUUUUAUUCUCAUGGCAUUUUUUGUUGGAAAUGAUUUCUUACCCAACUUGCCGAACCUUCAUAUCAACGAAGGUGCGCUGGCACUUAUGUUCAAGAUCUACAAGGAAGUUCUGCCUAAGAUGGGUGGCUACAUCAAUGAAGAAGGUGUGAUUAAUGUCGAGCGCCUGGGCAUGCUUAUUGAUGCGAUGAGUGAAUUCGAGCAUCGAUUCUUUGAAGUCGAGUACUCUGAUGCACAGUGGGUAAAAGCGAGACAAAACGAUGGCACUCUUGAAUUAGAGACGAAACCAAAGGAGUUGACCAUCACCACCUCUCAAAAGGAGAUUCUGAAGAAGGUGAAGAAGUACGUCUUGAACCGGCCAAGCAAGGGAUCUGAAGUGAAGCCUUUGGAUUUCCCUCCCACACUACCGGACAGCGAUCGCAACUUCAUUGAAAAGCUUGCCGAUCAACUUCGAGUAUCUUGGUCUACAGCGGAGAAUGCAAACGGAGAUCGCUUUAUGAGGCUGCAAUUACCACAGCCCGAGAAUAAUGACUGUGAUGAUGAUGAGUCUGAUGAAGAUGAGGAGGCCACCUUGGCCAUUCAGCGUAUUAUUCGGAAGUACGAAAGAGCUAAAAUUCAGGAUAUGACCGCUCAAGAAGCGCAAGAGGCAGCACAACAAAAGUACGAUGCCACUUUCUUGCAAUGGAGAGAUAAUUAUUACCGCUCCAAAUUCGAUUGGGGGCUUGACAAUGAGGAGGAGAUGAAGAAGCUUGCAGAGAACUAUGUGCAAGGUUUGCAAUGGGUUCUAUUCUAUUAUUAUCGGGGUAUUGCAUCUUGGCCUUGGUUUUUCCAAUACCAUUACGCGCCCAUGAUUUCUGACGUAAAGAAGGGACUUGGUGCAAACAUGAACUUUCGUCUUGGCCAACCUUUCCGUCCAUAUGAUCAAUUGAUGGGUGUGUUGCCGGAUCGGAGUAAGAAGAUUGUGCCAACUGCAUACUGGGAGCUUAUGACCUCGCCUGAUUCUCCUAUCAUUGAUUUCUACCCACGUGAUUUCGAUCUUGACAUGAAUGGCAAGAAAAUGGAAUGGGAAGCUGUGGUAAAGAUCCCUUUCAUUGACGAAAAACGACUACUUGAUGCUUUAAAGACGCGAGAAAAAUACCUUACCCCAGAUGAAAAAUCGCGGAAUGGCUUCGGAACUAGUCUGAAAUUCACAUAUUCCCACGAUGUGAACUUCGUCUAUCCGUCAUCCAUGCCUGGAGUGUUCCCUGAUCUGCCUAACUGCCAUUGCAUUGAGAAUAUCUUCGACCUCCCCACCAUGGACGGAUUGAUUCCAUACCAUGGCCUGAUGGAUGGUGUCCAGCUCGGCGAAGCUGCCCUGGCUGGUUUCCCUAGUCUCAAAACCCUGUCCAAUGCUGGUCAGUUGGGUUUCCACGGAGUUUGUGUCUUUCAACAGGAUAGCCGGAACGAGAGUCAGGUUAUUACUCUUCUAGACCCUUCCAAUCGCUCCAACGUUGAACUUGCCAAGGCCAAGCUUGGAAAACGAGUUCAUGUCGGAUACCCAUUCUUGCAAGAAGCCCUUGUCAUCCGGGUUUCAGACGAACUAUUUGACUACAUUCUUCCUCCGGGCGAGCAACAUGUUGUCUCCAUCCCGCACACCCCUCAGCAAAUUGAACAAUGGAAGAAGAAGGCCAACAAAAUUGAGGGCACUUACAGCAAGCGACUUGGUAUCAUCAUUGGUGAUGUUGAGUCCUUGGUGCACAUCCAACUGUUAAAGGGCAUGAUCAAAACCGACGAUGGAGCUACCAUCAAAGAGUUCGCCGAUGUCCCUGGCCAAGAAACCGAUUUUGCAGCCCAAGUUGUCGUUGAAGAUGUAAUCAAUCCCGACGCACGGUUUAUUGAGCGAGAGGCCCUUCCAAUUGAAGAAGAAUUUCCAGAAGGUUCCCGUUGCUUCUUUUUGGGUGACUUCAACUAUGGAAGACCUGUCCAUGUAACGGGUCAUUCCGAAGGCAAAGUCAAUGGACUUGUCGCAGCUGUGAAAGGCCGCGAGCCAGAAUUUGGGCGAAAGCACGUUCAGGAGGCUGAGCGAUCAAACCCUUACAUGCCCUCGUAUGCUGUUGCACGAAGUCUACGCCUUAACCCUCUUGUGUUGGCCAAGAUUACUUCCUCCUUCACUGUCGAAGUGGAAGGUCAGCGUGUUAACCUGGGUCUCAACCUCAAGUUCGAAGCCCGAAAACAGAAGGUUCUUGGAUAUUCUCGCCGUGGAGACUCCGGCUGGGAAUUCAGCCCCAAGGCAGUCACCCUGCUUCAGCAGUACAUGAUCAACUUCCCGGAAUUCAUUGCUGGCAUUCAACGCAACCCACAGAACGACCGCUACUCGCCUACUGACUUUUACCCGGAGGAGAUUGCACUUGUGAAGAUGAAGGAAAUCCGCGAAUGGCUUAAGUCAGCUGAGGCUAAGGACUUCCAAAGAGUCCCGCUUGAAGCCGAACAGCUUGACUCGGACAUUGUCCUUCUCAUCCAGCAGGAUGCGGACGAAAUGAACCAAUCACUACCGGAAAUGCAGCCGAAGAAGGUUCGGGGUGUCCCCCGAGGGGCUCUGCUUCGACCCGAGGAUGUUGAACACCGUCUUGGUAGCCAGACUUUCAGGCUUGGUGACCGGGUUGUAUAUGCCCAGAAUUCCGGAAAGGUCCCUAUCGCUACCCGGGGUACCGUUGUUGGUCUCACCAGGACACCCCUUACAAUCUUGCUUGAUGUGGUUUUCGAUGCGUCCUUUAUGAGCGGCACAGACCUCGGCAAGCGUUGCGCGCCAUUCCGGGGUCAGACAGUCCCUGCCGCAUCGGUUUUGAAUCUUUCCCACCGUCAGUUGGUCACUAGCUCCCGUGCUACAACAAACCAGCAAUCUCAGCAGGAGCCUCUUCCCCUGACAGUCGCUGGAUACGGAGCACCUGUUGGUCCCAACGGACAAGGGCAGCUGCAUAAUGCUCCCACUCCUCCUCCCCUCAGAGGCUCUUUCCGCGGUGCUGUUACUGGUCAAGCUCGAGGACGCGGAGGGCUGGGUAAUGGGCAGUCGAGUACAUUACCCUUCCGUCCCCACGUCAACGGUGGAGCACCCCGUGGACCUCGUGGCCGAGGAGGAUUUGUGAAUAACAAUGGGAACAACGGAACUCGUGGCGGGCGUGGUGGCCGAGGCGGCUAUGGCCCUAUUGAAAAUGGAGACCCCAGUGAAGGUGUGAUCCAGAAUAACCCUGAUUUCAGGCCGCAGAACUACACUCAAGUUCCGCCUCCUCAAGGACUGGAACAGCGACGUGGUCGUGGCCGGGGUCGCGGUAAUGGAUCCCGCGGUAGAGGAGGCCGUGGAAGAGGUGCUCAAACAAAUGACCAGUGA